ACUCCAACUGUUUAAUUAACUUGCGCAGCAUCACAACAAAGCAUCCCCUCCAUCAACGGAAAACGUUCACUCGAGAUCGUUUUGUUUGUUCGGCGCGUUCCUGUUAUACCUCUGACCUCAGAUUGAUUCGCUACUCCUAAGAUUCUCUGGUACAUCUCUUCGACUCGAACCAACCUUACUUGCGCUCCGUUUCCCCCUACGAAUCGUAGCCGCCAUCAUGGGUGAAUCAAGGCAAGAGCUCCUCAACUGGCUCAAUGGGCUGCUCCAACUCAACAUUACAAAAGUCGAGCAAUGCGGGACAGGGGCUGCCUUCUGUCAACUAUACGACUCCAUCUUCCUUGAUAUGCCCAUGAGUCGGGUCAAGUUCAAUGUCAACACAGAGUACGCCUACAUACAGAACUUCAAAAUACUACAGAAUACUUUCACAAAGCAUGGCCUCGAUCGAACAGUACCCGUCGAGUCACUCGUUAAGUGCAAAAUGCAGGACAACCUCGAGUUCCUGCAGUGGUCCAAGAGAUUCUGGGAUCAAUACUUCCCGGGCCAUGAGUACGAUGCAGUAGCGCGAAGAAAGGCAGCAGGAGGUCCAGCCGCUGCCGUUGCGCCUGCUGCUGCGCCGAGAGCCAGUAUGGGUGCGAGCACGACGCGAAAGACCGGAACGACACCUGUGAACCGAGCUCCGCCACGUGUGUCGACUGCAGGAUCUUCCGCCCUCAAACAAGAGAAUGAACAACUCAAGGAGGCUAUUGCCGGUCUGGAAAAGGAACGUGAUUUCUACUUCAGCAAACUCCGCGAUAUCGAGCUGUUGCUCCAAAAUGCUAUCGAACAAGACCCGAGUAUCGAGGCUGACGACAACGGAUUGAUCAAGCAUAUCCAAGCAAUCCUCUAUAGCACAGAGGAAGGGUUCGAAAUCCCGGAUCUGGAGGCCAAUGGGGCGGAAGAGCCAGAAACCUUCUAGGCACUGCCAGCCUGCAAGACCCGACGAGAUUACGAUAUUAAUGCACAUCACGCAGUGUGAUGUAUUUGAAGGCAUCAAACCGCUAGCGACAAGGCUUUGGGGAAAAGGAGCAGAAAUAGCCCAUACCUGUACUCACGAACAGGCACUCUUGUGUGUAGAUAGACUUCGUUAGCACUCGACAGCUGCAGAACUGCGAGCGAGCAGCGGGAACAAAAUGAGAUACCCGUGUUGUGGAAUUUGGAAUUGUCCU